GUGGUGAAAGGGCUGUGUACAGCAGACACAUACAUGUAGCAGUCCAUGUGGUGCACAGAGUACAGUGGUGACAGGGGCUGUGUACAGCAGACACAUACAUGUAGCAGUCCAUGUGGUGCACAGAGUACAGUGGUGACAGGGGCUGUGUACAGCAGACACAUACAUGUAGCAGUCCAUGUGGUGCACAGAGUACAGUGGUGACAGGGGCUGUGUACAGCAGACACAUACAUGUAGCAGUCCAUGUGGUGCACAGAGUACAGUGGUGACAGGCGCUGUGUACAGCAGAUUCCUGCAGGGGGCAGUGUGUUCCUAGGAGGAAGAGACGAUUCGGCGCAGCUCCCAGCAUGCUCUGUGUGACUGUGUGAGGAGAGGGGAGAAAUAGCAGCAGGCAGAUAAUGAAGCUAAGAUGGCAGCACUGAGUGUGCAGCUUUCACUUCUGCGGCGCUUGAGGUGAAUCUGACUGCUGGAAGUCCCGGAGCUCGCCGGCACUGGAGCCGAGGAGAGAGGCUGAGCACAGGACGCCAGAGAGGGGCGCACAGACCCUGCCCUCGCUCGCUGUGCGGGGAGGAUGGUGAAGGGGUCGGGGCGUGGGUUGACUUGGGGACUGCGGUGAUUGUCGGAGAGCACAAGGUUGUCAGCGGCCAGGCUGCAAGUCCCUGCCCCGGGAGGACACGGAGAGGCCGGACGUCGCCCCUCGGUGCUGCGGCUGCAGUGACACGCACACACCGUCUCCAUACACACAGCGCCAAGGAAGAUGAUGUGCGCAGCAACCGCACCCCCGCCUCCCGCCGCCGCCACUGCUGCCUCAUCCGGCCCCGGGGAGAACGGCUUCUUCCCCAUGCCCGCAUCUUCAGCGUCCUGCCCCGCACGCCUCAACAUGUCGGGGAGCCCAGACCUCCGCUCCGGGCCUGACUGCAGGAGCCGCUACCAGCUGCUGCUAUCCGGCAAGGCCCUGGCGGACCGCUACCGGCAAAUCUACACGGCGGCGGUGAAUGACAGAGAGCAGCACAGCGGCCCGGCGGCCAGGAAUAAGAAGAUUCUAAGCAAGAAAAAACUAAAGCGGAAGCAAAAGACCAAAUCAAAAGGGAAAUUAAGAAACAAGGCUGACAACCUGGAAAAUGCUCUUUUCAUACCUGACCUCAAACUUCACAGCAACCCUUCAGCAUUCAAUGUCUAUUGCAAUGUUCGUCACUGUGUCCUUGAGUGGCAGAGAAAGGAAACCUCCCUUAUGUUGUCCUCUAAGAAUUCAGUGCAGAGUGGCGAGUCUGACAGUGAUGAAGAGGAGGAAUCCAAAGAUCCACUAGUUAAGCUUCCAAAGAUUAUUGAAAUUGGCUUAUGUGAAGUUUUCGAAUUGAUAAAAGAAACCCGAUUUUCCCACCCGUCACUGUGUUUAAGAAGCUUGCAGGCACUACUCAAUAUCCUACAGGGUCAGCAACCAGAGGGGCUGCAGUCUGAACCCCCAGAAGUCUUAGAAUCUCUUCUCCAGCUUCUCUUGGAGAUCACAACUCGUAGUACAGGAACCAAUGAUGGCACUGGACAGUCGCUCACUGCACUUUCUUGUGCCUGCCUAUUCAGUUUGGUGGUUGCAUGGGGAGAAACGGGAAGGACCCUACAAGCCAUCUCGGCUAUUCUUACCAACAAUGGCAGCCAUGCUUGCCAAACCAUUCAGGUGCCAAUUAUUUUAAACUCUCUACAGCGGAGUGUUCAAGCAGUCCUAGUGGGUAAAAUCCAGAUACAGGACUGGUUCACAAAUGGAAUUAAAAAGGCUGCCUUGAUGCAGAAAUGGUCGUUGAAAGAUGUUCCUGUGGAUGAAGAUGAUCAGUGCCUCCUUCAAAGCGAUGGCUUCUUCCUCUAUCUUUUAUGCAAAGAUGGCCUGUAUAAAAUUGGUUCGGGGUACAGUGGGACAGUGAGGGGCCACAUUUACAAUUCCACUUUUCGUAUCAAAAGCAGACAAGAGAAGAAGUCUUGGUUGGGUUACGCUCAGGGUUACUUGCUUUACAGAGAUGUAAGCAAUCACAGUAUGACAGCCAUUAGGAUUAACCCUGAAACAUUGGAACAGGAUGGAACAGUGACGGUGCCAGAUUGUAAUGCUGAUGGGCAGAACAUCCUCUUUACUGAUGGAGAAUUUGUCAACCAGAUUGCGGCUUCGAAAGAUGAUGGGUUUGUAGUUCGAAUAUUUGCCACCAGUACGGAGCCUGUGUUACAGCAACAAGAACUACAACUUAAACUGGCUCGGAAGUGUUUACAUGCUUGUGGCAUAUCGUUAUUCGAUUUGGAGAAAGAUUUGCACAUUAUAAGUACUGGCUUUGAUGAAGAGUUGGCUGUUCUUGGAGCAGGAAGAGAGUUUGCAUUAAUGAAAACUUCCAGUGGAAAGGUUUAUUAUACUGGUAAAUAUCAGAGCCUUGGAAUCAAGCAAGGUGGCCCCUCUUCUGGCAAAUGGGUGGAGCUGCCCAUAACAAAAUCUCCAAAGAUUGUCCAGUUCUCAGUCGGUCAUGAUGGAUCGCAUGCCUUACUCACAGCGGAAGAUGGGAGUGUGUUCUUCACCGGCACAGCCAGUAAAGGAGAGGAUGGAGAAUCAACAAAGAGCAGAAGACAGUCAAAACCAUACAAGCCAAAAAAAAUGAUCAAAAUGGAGGGGAAGUUUGUGGUUAGCACAGCGUGCAAUAACGGGAGCAGUUCUGUCAUUACAAAGGAUGGUGAACUGUACAUGUUUGGAAAAGAUGCCAUCUAUUCCGACAGCUCAAAUUUGGUCUCUGAUCUGAAGGGACACAGUAUUACACAAGUGGCUAUGGGAAAAGCCCACACAUGUGUUCUGACUAAGAAAGGUGAAGUGUGGACGUUUGGAGUAAACAAUAAGGGACAAUGUGGAAGAGACACUGGCGCUUUAAGCCAAGGUGGAAAAGGAUUUGGUGUUGAAAACAUGGCAACUGCAAUGGAUGAAGACCUUGAGGAGGAGCUAGAUGAGAAAGAUGAGAAGUCUGUCAUGUGUCCACCUCGAAUGCACAAGUGGAAGUUGGAGCAUUGUAUGGUUUGCACAGUGUGCGGAGACUGUACGGGAUAUGGUGCCAGCUGUGUUAGCAGUGGACGGCCAGACCGUGUUCCGGGCGGUGUUUGUGGUUGUGGCUCUGGAGAGUCUGGCUGUGCAGUGUGUGGAUGCUGCAAGGCUUGCGCUAGAGAGUUGGAUGGCCACGAUGCACGACAACGAGGAAUCCUAGAUGCUGUGAAGGAGAUGAUUCCUUUGGAUCUUCUUCUAGGUAAAGCUGUGCCUGUGCCUGGUGUGAACAUCGAUGAGCACCUUCAGUUGCGCCAAGAAGACAAAAGGCAAAGGGUUAAUCGGAGGCACAGAAUAGAUGAAGGAAGAGGAAAUAAUAAGCCAAAUGGAAAUAUAGGCCCUUUUGUAUUUCCUGGUCCUAAUUUAAUGAACCAUCGAGAGCAGGCUCUAGCCAGACUAAGAGCUCUACCAGCACAACUAAAGCAUAAGCGGGACAAGAAAAAAGAUGAAGGCAGAGAACCAGGGGAGAAAGAUGCCAGCAAAAUCACUACUUAUCCUCCUGGAACAGUUCGCUUUGAUAGUGAGCUUCGGGCUGUUCAAGUCAGCUGUGGGUUCCAUCAUUCAGUGGUACUAAUGGAAAAUGGUGACGUUUAUACUUUUGGCUAUGGUCAACAUGGGCAGCUGGGACAUGGUGAUGUCAGUUGUAGGGGAUGUCCAACAUUGGUACAAGCGCUGCCAGGACCCAGCACGCAAGUCACAGCGGGGAGCAAUCACACUGCAGUUCUAUUGAUGGACGGGCAGGUUUUCACUUUUGGGAGUUUCUCUAAAGGACAGCUUGGAAGGCCAAUCCUGGACAUGCCAUACUGGAAUGCAAAGCCUGCAUCUAUGCCUAACAUCGGUGCCAAGUAUGGCAGGAAAGCAACAUGGGUUGGUGCAAGUGGCGAUCAGACCUUUCUGCGGAUAGAUGAAGCACUUAUAAACUCUCAUGUUUUGGCUACAUCAGAAAUCUUUGCAAGUCGACAUAUAAUAGGUCUGGUGCCAGCUUCUAUGUCUGAACCUCCACCAUUCAAAUGCCUUCUCAUUAAUAAAGUUGAUGGAAGUUGUGCUACAUUUAAUGAUUCCGAACAAGAAGAUCUUCAAGGUUUUGGGGUGUGCUUGGACCCUGUCCAUGAUGUGAUUUGGAGGUUUCAAACAAACACAAGAGAGCUGUGGUGUUAUAAUGCAGUCAUAGCCGACUCGAGGCUUCCAUCCGCCCCUGACAUGCAAUUACGGUGUAGCAUACUAAGCCCCGAGCUGGCCCUGCCUACUGGACAAAAAGCAGUGACCACCCGAUCACAUGCAGCUUUGCAUAUAUUAGGAUGCCUCGACACAUUGGCUGCAAUGCAGGACUUGAAGAUGGGCGUCUCGAGCACGGAAGAGGAAACUCAGUCUGUACUGAAAGUCUAUUCAAAGGAAGAUUACAGUGUUGUAAACCGAUUUGAAAGUCAUGGUGGUGGCUGGGGCUACUCUGCACAUUCAGUUGAAGCAAUCCGCUUCUGUGCUGACACGGACAUCCUUCUUGGAGGGCUGGGUCUUUUUGGUGGGAGAGGUGAAUACACAGCAAAAAUAAAGUUGUUUGAAUUGGGGUCUGAUGGAGGUGACCAUGAAACAGAUGGGGAUCUUCUAGCCGAGACUGAUGUUCUUGCAUAUGACUGUGCAGCCAGAGAGAAAUAUGCUAUGAUGUUUGAUGAGCCGGUCCUUUUACAAGCUGGCUGGUGGUAUGUGGCAUGGGCACGUGUGUCUGGUCCUAGCAGCGACUGUGGCUCUCAUGGACAAGCGUCAAUUACAACAGAUGAUGGGUAA